CCUUCUCUCUCUCACACACACACACAAAUACACACACACAAUAUGAGCGACAGCAAUAACACAUUACAGAUACCUACACACACUAAAAACCCUGGCGAUAUGCCACCACCACAAACACCGGCCUCACAAGCGCAAAUACCGACAUUACCGACUAUUGAAGUGCCUAAAAUCGAACCUGAUGCCAAAAAAGAGAAAACGAUGGCUGAAUUUCUAGCCACCAUGGAUAAUUACGCCCCCAUUAUACCCGAUGCAGUAACAGAUUAUUAUUUGAGUAAAUCAGGAUUCGAUUGCAACGAUGUCAGAAUCAAGCGUCUUUUGGCCUUGGCUACACAGAAAUUUGUAGCAGAUAUAGCUACAGAUGCAUUUCAAUAUUCGAAAGUGAGACAAUCAGGCAAUAGGAAAUCCGGCAAGGAUCGUAAAACAGUAUUGACUAUGGAAGAUCUUUCUGCUGCUUUAGCUGAAUACGGUGUCAAUGUAAAAAAACCAGAUUACUACUCUUAAUUUUCUAUGUCAAAUAAAUUUUUUUAACUACGCAUUUAUCUCUCUUUUUCUUCCCUUUU